AUUUCCCUUCAACCCUUUCGGCAGGAUUGUCGUAACCAGCCGUUGCCAACAACUUCAAACAGCCCAUUCGGAGCCUGUCAGCGGUGUGUCGCCUGGUAGUGCAUCUUCCUUUGGCCUGAGAACUGGAAACAUGCUGUCCUUCGCCCUGAGACAACUCACACGGCCACUGUGCCAGCGGGCCUCAGUUCGUCUCGGUGUACGUGGCCAGCAGUCCCACGCUGCCAACCAUACAGUGGAUGAAGAUCGUCCAUGGACGGGCCAGGAGAGCCUGGCUCAGGACGACCCUGAGAUGUGGGAUCUGCUGCUAAAGGAGAAGGACAGGCAGUGCCGCGGCUUGGAGCUUAUUGCAUCUGAGAAUUUCUGCAGUCGAGCAGCUCUGGAAGCUCAGGGCUCCUGUCUGAACAACAAAUACUCUGAAGGCUACCCAGGGAGAAGAUACUAUGGUGGAGCAGAAGUGGUCGACCAAAUUGAGCUGCUGUGUCAGAAACGAGCCUUGGAGGCCUUUGACUUGGACCCAGCUCUGUGGGGUGUUAACGUCCAGCCGUACUCUGGCUCACCCGCUAACUUUGCUGUCUACACCGCCGUGCUCAACCCCCAUGACCGCAUUAUGGGCCUGGACCUGCCCGAUGGAGGACAUCUGACCCAUGGCUACAUGUCUGAUGUGAAGAGGAUCUCAGCAACCUCAAUCUAUUUUGAGUCCAUGCCUUACAAGCUAAAUACUGCAACAGGACUCAUAGACUAUGACCAGAUGGAGAUGACGGCCAAGCUGUUCCGGCCCAAGCUCAUCAUCGCUGGCACCAGUGCCUAUGCCCGCCUCAUUGACUACGCCCGAAUCAAGAAGCUGUGUACCGACAUUAAGGCCUACAUGCUAGCAGACAUGGCCCAUAUCAGCGGACUGGUGGCUGCUAAAGCCAUCCCCUCUCCCUUUGAACAUGCUGAUCUGGUCACGUCUACCACACACAAAUCCCUCCGAGGAGCCAGGGCUGGCCUCAUCUUCUAUCGUAAGGGUGUUCGCUCAGUGGACAAGAAGGGGAAAGAGAUCCUGUAUGAGCUGGAGGACAAGGUGAACUUCUCUGUGUUCCCCUCCCUGCAGGGCGGACCUCAUAACCAUGCCAUCGCUGGUGUGGCUGUGGCACUCAGACAGGCUCAGUCUCCCAUGUUCAAGGAGUAUAUCGACCAGGUACUAAGAAAUGCCAAGUCUAUGGCUACAGCUCUUCUCAACAAAGGCUACACCCUGGUAUCAGGCGGGACUGACAACCACCUGGUCCUGGUUGACUUGCGGCCUAAGGGCAUUGACGGGGCUCGGGCCGAGAGGGUGCUGGAGCUCGUGUCAAUUACUGCCAAUAAGAACACCUGCCCCGGGGACAAGAGCGCCCUGACUCCUGGUGGCCUCCGGCUAGGUGCUCCAGCCUUGACAUCCAGACAGUUCAAAGAAGCAGACUUUGUGCAAGUUGUCGAGUUCAUGGAUGAGGGCUUCAAGAUCGCCUUGGACGUCAAGAAAAAGACAGGAAAACUCCAGGACUUCAAAAACUUCCUUCUUCAGGACCCAGAGACCAUGGCUCGCAUGGCCAACCUGCGCCACCGCGUUGAAGCUUUUGCCAGGCCCUUUCCCAUGCCAGGCUUCCACGACCAUUAAACCAAGCAAUAGAGUUUGUGGGGCCAUAACAGCCAGGUGGCAGAAAGCUGAUGGGCAAAACUGUACAAAGAGAGGGAAAAUAUCAUGGUAGUAAAAUGUGGUUAGUGCCUGUGAAUCAGGAUGACUUCCUUUUUCCCAAUGACACAUGGGAAACCACGUUUUUUAAUACUACUUUGCAGUAAUCCAUCAAUCCAUUCAUGUAAGAACUUGAGGUAAGGAAACAAUCAAAUUUGACAGAUUUUGUAGAGCCAAAUAACCUAUUUUCUAUUGUAUGCGUACAAAUCUUUCUCAGUUGCCAUUUCUUUGUGUGUGUGUGUGUGUGUGUGUGUGUGUGUGUGUGUGUGUGUGUGUGUGUGGGAGGAAAAAAAUAUCAAAUCAAACGUCAAACGGCUCUCUUUGUCCAACUCUGUAUCUUGGUUUGUGCAUAAUUAUGUUUUUAUAAUGAGAUACACUGAGACGUCUUAAUGCUGUAACAAGUCAUAACUAAUGUCUAAUUAAGAUUAUCAAAUUCAUAUAGAGAUUUGUUCAUGGUAGCUUUAUUUUCUGCUGAAAUAAGAUGAAAUUUGGUACACAAGGAGGCUUAAGGAAGUGAAGGGUUGUUCUGUCAUACAAUGUUGUCGGCCUUUUAAUAUCUGUGGGGCAAGUUUUGUUGAAGAUCAGACAUUAACCCAGAAUGUUGUCAAAUUGUAAUUUAUGAAAGUUAGCCCUUUAAUUUAUUGAUUUGUACAACUUUAAAAAUCAGAUUAUACAGGAAAGGGACUAAAUAGUUUUAACAUCUUUUCAUAUACUAUAGUCAAUAAAGUCCUAAAGCAACACUACAACCGGUGUUCAAAAUAAUGUUCCACUGUGAUGUUUUUUGAAACAAAUCAAAUAUAAGCUUCAGAAAGUAAAAUUUAAUGGGAAUUUGUAUUCGAUUACACUGCAAAAAGGAUUUCAACCUCUAUCCGAGGAUGUUAUAUUCUUUUGACGCUGUUGUGCUCGCAUCAUCUUUUUUUCUUCCAGCAUAUCAUUAAUGUCAGAUUUGAAUUGCUACAUAUUUUGUUAUGACAGAUAAAUAACCAAAUGAAAAAAAUAAAUGUCAUUCUGGAUUUUUUUUUUAAUAUACUUUAGGUGUGUUUACAAAGAGUAUAUACUUUUCUAUGUAUUAGUUUAAAGAAUAAUUAACUAUUUAAAAGCUAUUGUUUAACAUAGAUUUUAAGGUUUCUAAUACCAGCUGAUUUGUUGUACUAGAAAUGAAGACAGUCUGCCUGAUUUCAGUGCCAUUUAUUCCACCAUGGUAUUCAGAUAGAAACUGUGAAGCGGCUUGAUUUG